AUGCGCUGGCACACACAUGUUGCACGCGCGCGCCCACGCGUGGCGCGCGCACUAGCGCGUGCACCGGCGCGUUUCCACUCUUGCUUCCUCCUCCUUCUCCCGCCCCGCCAAUCAGAAGCCUGUUACUAGGCAGAAUUCAGCCCGCCCGCGGCCACUCAGGAGGCCGACCCCGCUUGUAUCCGGGUAGGAAAGCCAAAGCGACCAAUCACAUUAAAGGAGAGCGCGGUAUCCGGGCUGACCGGGGGUGCGGCGGCCAAUCAGAAAAAAAGCGGCCGGCGGGGCCCGCGGGCGCGUCCCGGUGGGCGCAGCACUUUCAGUUCCUGUUGCGCGCGGGGCAGCGGCACGUGGCGGGGACCGGAGGGAACCGGAGGGGACCGGCCCGAACCUGCCCGGCGUGAGGCGGGCUCGCCCCGGCUGCAGCCGCCCGCAGGUGGGUCGUUCCGUCCGGUGCCACCUCCGCCCCGCCGGGCCCCGCCCGCCGCUCCCCGGCCCCGGACGCGGCUGUCCCCGAGCCCCCGCGCCCUACCCGGCACCGGCCGGGCUGCGCUGUCACGGAGCUCCGGCACCCCCGGCCCCCGUCGGCCUGCCCUGCCGGUGUCCCUGUCCGCAUGCCCCUGGGGACCUGCCUUCCUGGUGUCCCUGUCCCCGGGGACAUGCCCUGCUGGUGUCCCUGUCCCUGGGGACUUCUGUCCUCUUGGUGUCCCUGUCCCCAUCCCCUGGGGACCUGCCCUCCUGCUGUCCCGUGUCCCCACGCCCCUGGGGACCUGCUCUGCUGGUGUCCCUGUCCCUCGGGACCUGCCCUCCUGCUGUCCCACGUCCCCAUGCCCCUGGGGACCUCUGCCCUGCUGAUGUCCCUGUCCCCAUCUCCCUGAGGACCUGCCCUUCUGCUGCCCCCAUCAUCCCUGUUCUGCUGUCCCCAGGCUGCUGGGGCUUUGCAUCCAGGACCAUCCAUGGGACUGUCACGGCCCCCCUCAACACCCUCAGCCCUACAGGGACGUCCUGGGGGCACGCUGGGCCAGGGCCGUUCCCCGGUGUCCCCCAGCACCCCUGUCCCCUGCCAAGAACGGGGUACCCAGAGCCGGUGGCAGUCUCUGCUGCUGGAGACGUCCCCCUUGGGACUGUUGGGGACAUUUCUGUAUCUUUGGUGGCUCGUGUCCAGCUGAUGGAGCUCAUCGGUGGGCCGGGCUGGGACAGGGGCUGGGGGGCGAGUGAGCUCCGGGCUGCGGAGCUCUGAAGGGAUUUUCUUCCCCUUUUUUUGGGGUUGAAUUUUUGGCUUUCACCUCCUGACAGGAACCAGAUGUCAUGGCUGACGAAGAGCUGAGCACCCGGGUUGCCAAAAAGGGAAGUUUGUCCCCCGGCAGCUCCCGGGGCGGCACGACCGAGUCGAGCACGCUGCUGCAGGAGCUGAAGAGCACCAUCUCCAAAUCCGUGCAGAACAAGGUCGACUCCAUCCUGCAAGAUGUCCAGAAGUUUUCAGACAACGACAAGCUCUACCUCUACCUCCAGCUGCCGUCGGGGCCAAGCCUGGGGGAGAAGAGUGUUUGUCUGGGGCUCCCACGGAGCAGCAGUAGCCUGGACCUGAGCUCGCUGACCACGGCUGAGUAUAUGCACGCGUGCAACUGGAUCCGGAACCACCUGGAGGAGCACACGGACACCUGCCUGCCCAAGCAGGACGUCUACGAUGCCUACAAGCGAUACUGCGACAACCUCUGCUCUCGCCCUCUGAGCGCCGCCAAUUUCGGCAAGAUCAUCCGGGAGAUCUUCCCCAACAUCAAAGCCCGACGGCUGGGAGGCCGAGGCCAGUCUAAGUACUGCUACAGCGGGAUCCGGAGGAAGACGGUGGUCAGCCUGCCGCCCCUGCCCAGCCUGGACCUCAAAGUGACGGAGACCCAGUCGGAGCUGACGGAGCUGGUGCAGUCCUACAGCAGCGAGGUGAUGGAGGCGGCCUGCGCCCUGACCUGCGACUGGGCUGAGAAGAUCCUCAAACGCUCCUUCAACAACAUCGUGGAGGUGGCCCAGUUCCUCAUCCAGCAGCACAUCAUCAGCUCCCGCUCGGCCCGCGCCGACCUGGUCAUGGCCAUGGUGGUCUCAGAGAGCACGGAGAAGAUCCACCGUGAGAGUCGGCCCCCACUGACGGCAAAGAAGAACGGGCUGGACACCCCCGAGAGCAGCGACAGGAGCCAGGGCCAGACCACUCUCUGCCCGCAGCUCAAGAAGGACAGCGGCCCCAAGCCCCCCGGCCCACCCCGGCCUGAGAAGAAGAAGCCCCCGGAGCCCCCCAGGGCGGCCAGUAGCCCUCAGGUGAACGCCCUGGUCGCCCGCCUGCCCCUGCUCCUGCCCCGCAUCCCGCCGGGGGAGCGACCCACGGCGCCCGGUGCCGCUGCCAUCCGCUCCUCCCCUCCUGUCCUGGCACCCAAAAUCACGGCUGCCCCCCUGGGGGGCACCGUCAAGGUGGCCCUGCCGCUGCCGGUGGGCACGGCCUCCCCCUCCCUGCCCCUGGGGCUGGCCCCGGGGGCCAGCGGGCCAGCGGGGCUGCUGAGCCAGCCAGCCGCUGUCCCCGUCCUCAACGUGCUGCUGCCUGGCGUGGGCGUCCCCGCGGGCGAGAGCCCUUGCAACCCCCGGAGCGCGGGGUGCAGCAAGGGUCCCGGCCCCCAGGACUCGCAGCACCCCAAGGCCACCAAGCGUCCCCCAGAGCUGGCCGGCAGUGAUGCCACCGCCCUGCCGAAGCGGAGGCGUGGGCGUCCGCGGAAGAGGCCGGAGGACGGUGGCGCGGGGGAGAUGACGGAGCUUCGCGGCAGUGCCGAUGGCGGUGGCUCUCCCGGCGGUGGCAGUGCCACCAGCCCCCUUGGGGACAGCCCAGCCCAGGGCUCACUGCCCACCCAGGUCGGUGUCACCCAGGAUGGCAGGACCAACGCCGAGGUCACUGAUGGCCACGAGCUGGCACCAGAGGAGGAGACGGCACAGCGGAGCCCAAGCCAGGCCAGGUCCCCUCCAGCUGACAGCGGGGUCUCCUGUUCCCCCCGGGAAGGAGGGGACACCCCUACACAGCCCCAUGGACAGACACAGGCGGGGACCGGUCCCGCCGCUGCCACCUCCCAGCACUUGGACACGUCCACCUGUGUCCCCACAUCCCGAGGGGGCUCGCCGGGGCGGGCUGGGCUCUGCGCCCACCCUGGCACUUAGGGGCCCCCCUACCCCAGGACCCCCAGCUGUGCACCCCCCAUUAAAA